GACCCGAAAGACCAGGCCCGAUCGUCAUCACCUCCGUCACCGUUAAUCGAAUUUAUAUCUCGUGGUCCGAAGCAGCUGGUAUUGCUGAUCUCUAUGAAAUCACUUACAUUCCUGAUAACGGAAUCGACAACUCUCCGACCUAUGUAGCGGGAACUGAAUACACACUUACUGGUCUGACACCCGUCACUGAGUAUAGUAUCGCCAUUAAAACGACUGCCGGUCAACUGCUAAGUGAAGCUCGACAAACAAACGUGUACACUAUUCCAACACCACCACAGAGUAUCACAGUCGACCAAGAUGACAUUGGUCCUACCUAUGCAAGGGUGUCAUGGCAACCAUCUACAGGCGAUGUGGAUGAGUACGUCAUCACGUACAGCCCGUACAUAACGGCCUCGGGGCCUUGGAUAUCGGCGUCGCCAUUAGAAACGUCCAAAGAUAUUGUUGGUUUGGUGAAUGAACCAACGUAUACAUUUACUAUCAUGGCGUACAGUGGAGGUCUACAAAGUGCACCAGUUACGUCAAUGGCAGUGAAUUUAA